AUGGCCUCCCCCGAUUUCCAUAUUGUCGGCGCUCUUCAGUCGGUUGGUGGCGCCAAAAGCGAAUACCAGGAACUCGUCAGGGAGUUCCAGUCACUCGACACAGCAUUGCGCCAUCUCGACAGGCUCGAGGAUCAGACCACGGUCCCGAAUCAUGUUGGGGCUAUCAAAGCUGCAGCGUUGAUUUGCCGCCACCCACUUCAGGAUUUCCUGACCAGGAUAAAGAAAUACGAAACUUCCCUGGGUCCAUGGAGUCGAGCGCAUGCCGGCAAAGCAGCGAAGGAUAAAUUGCGAUGGACUUUGGGAGAGAGAGACGACAUACGACGACUACAGACGUACCUCGCCAUACACCUUGGUACCAUCAACACGUUACUCUUGGAGCACGGUUUGGAACAGAUGAAUUUGAGCGAGAAGAAAGCUGAAGAGAGUGUACUGCAGACUCAUAGGAAGCUCGACGCUGCACACACAGCUCUUCAAAACAUCCAAAAGGAUGCCACAGGGCAGGCUAUUAUUCUGCGGACUAUGCAAACAAUGCUUGGAACUCUCUGCAAUGUCGUAUGUGGCGAGGUCAGGACUUCUUUGCAGCAGUUUGCUCAGGUAGUUAACACAGUCUGUAUCUCCACCCAACAGAUCUACACUGUCGUCCUCGAAAUCCGCGACUCCAUGAGCCCGGUUGACACCCGUUUCACAUACUUCCAAGCUCCUUUCCAAGUUGAAGACGCGCUUGGCUUUGUGUAUCCGGUUCCCUCAGAGUUCACGUUGGAUGAAGUGGAGAACAUCUUACGUUACAAAUUUCGAAAAGGCCCGGGAGCCAGCGCUGUCCGCCGAGGAGAAUUUGAGCUUUGUAAGACGAAGAGGCGGACAGAAGCGAUCACAGAGACUACUCGACUACUACCAGGAAUGGCAAUCACCAUGGCUGUCAUAAUAGCAUCAGAUUUAGUGGCUGCGGGUACAGCUUGUCCGAUUCGUCCUUGCGGUUCAAUGGAUAUUACCAGCUACCCUGGCGGGGGUCUCAAAUGGUACGAGUCAUCCUAA